AGUCGGUAAAUGGACGUUUGAUGUGGUUGUUUGUCAAGAGUGUCCCAUUGUCUGUUUACAGUGAAUUAUUUCCCAAAAGUAUAAUCCUACUUGAAGUAAAAGGUUUUAAGGAGUAGAUGAAGGUGACAGAAUGUCUCGCAACAAAGACAAGCAUGAGGGCGCUAGCGGGCGCACUUACCACAUUAUGUCGGAGGCGGAGCGGGCGUCCGGCCGUCGUGGGGGCUGGACCACGCUUGAGGUAACAGGAGGUGUGCGCGCCCUGGCGCCUCAACUCUUCCAACUGACGCAUCUGACGGCGCUGUAUCUGAACGACAACUCGCUGCAGAGGAUCCCACCUGACAUCAACCAGCUGGUCAACCUCCAUACCCUCGAUAUAUCCAAUAACAAGCUAAGAUCGCUGCCCGCUGAACUUGGCGACCUCAUUCAACUAAGAGAAUUACAUCUACACAACAACUACCUCCGAGUGCUUCCAUACGAGCUUGGGAAACUCUUCCACCUUCAGCUCCUAGGAUUAGGGGGGAACCCACUUAGCAAGGAGAUGCUCUCGAUUUACAACGACAACAACGGAACCGCCAAGCUGUUGACGUAUAUGCUGGACAAUUUACAAGUUUCUGCCACUCUACCACCACAGAGGCCUUGGAUACCAUUGACCCGACCGAAUAGAACUCGUCCUACUUGUAUAUUCACAGUGAUGUGUUACAACGUGCUAUGUGACAAGUACGCGACGCGACAAAUGUACGGCUACUGCCCCAGCUGGGCGCUCGAAUGGGACUACAGGAAGAAGGGCAUCCUUGACGAGAUUAGACAUUAUUCGGCCGACAUCAUCAGCUUACAGGAAGUGGAAACAGACCAAUUCUACAACUUCUUUCUGCCCGAGCUGAAGCAGGACGGCUACGAUGGUAUAUUCUCGCCCAAGUCCCGCGCCAAGACCAUGGGCGAAUCAGAAAGAAAGUAUGUCGACGGGUGCGCUAUUUUCUUCAGAUCUGCAAAGUUCGCUUUAGUAAAGGAGCACCUUAUAGAGUUCAACCAACUGGCAAUGGCUAACAGUGAGGGAUCAGAUAAUAUGUUAAACCGUGUCAUGCCGAAGGACAAUAUAGGGUUGGCAGCACUUAUUAAAACGAAAGAGGCAGCAUGGGAAAAUGGAUUACCAACAGAUUCUUCAAUGCUCGGUCAACCGAUCCUAGUGUGCACCGCGCAUAUACACUGGGACCCGGAGUUUUGCGACGUGAAGUUAAUUCAAACGAUGAUGUUGAGCAACGAACUGCGGACGAUACUCGACGAGUCGGCGCGGUCAUUGCGUCUGGCAGGCCAGAGAGACAACGUGCAGCUACUGCUGUGUGGCGACUUCAAUUCGCUGCCAGACAGUGGUGUGGUAGAGUUCCUAUCAUCAGGUCGUGUAUCAUCCGAGCAUCGUGACUUCAAAGAGCUGGGUUACGCCGGCUCACUGCGUCGCAUGCCCGGCUCGGAACACGAGUUCACGCACAACUUCAAACUCGCGUCCGCGUAUAGCGAAGACAUCAUGCCCUAUACUAACUAUACGUUUGACUUCAAGGGUAUAAUUGACUACAUAUUCUAUAGCAAGCAAUCAAUGACACCGCUUGGUCUCCUGGGACCGUUGUCGCAGGAUUGGUUCCGGGAGCACAAGGUAGUCGGGUGUCCGCAUCCUCACAUACCUUCAGACCACUUCCCGUUGCUGGUGGAGCUGGAGAUGUGUCCGACGGCGGGCGCCAACUCCAACGGCCUGAUCGGGCGCAGGUAGCACGCGUCCCCGCGCGCGCGCAGACACAAGCGCCACAGCGCGCUCUAGCGGCCCACGCCGCGCCACCGCCCCGCCCCGCCCGCCCGCCGGGACUGUCACCCCUCUACGUUAUGCUUCCAUUAUACUAAACUUGUAACUCUCUCACACCGACUUGUUCGUGCGAUUGGAAGAAGUAGACGCAAAUUACGAAUUCUAUAUUUACCCUCAUUGACUACUUUCAUAAGAGAUUAUAAAACUUCUACUUUUCCCAACUCGCCCUAUGUCUAUUAUCUAUUUUUAAAUAAACUGACCAAGAGCUUGCCUAGAUCGUACGUGACGUUACAGCGCUACGUGUCGCCUCUCUGUCUGUUGUACUUUCUAUCUUCCUCACAUUUUCUGAACAAAUGUUUCUUGCACAGCUUUGGAUACGCUCUCCAAGAUCUAGGCAAUGCUCACAUUAAUGCAACUUGUUAGCUAUGCUGAUUAAAGUCAAAUUAAAUAUUGAUUCGUUGUUGAAAAAUAUAUAGGAGGUCGAAUAUUUCAAAACUAUAACCACUAUUAUCAAAGUUCACUCUAAAAUAUACUUUACAAAUAUCAGUAACUAGCUUAUGAAUCGUUUAUGUACAAAUAACUUAGUCUUAAGUACUUACUUAAAUCAUCUCAUAGUAUACUCUGCGUUGUUUUUGUUAUCGCAUGGUUUGGACGCGCCUCCGACCUGGACGUUAGUUUAGUUGAUAGUUACAAAUGUAUUUUGUAUACCGUUACACAUGAUACCGGACGUCGUUCUCUUUUCACUGGACAUUACUACUCAAGUAGAGCUCUAGUAAUUACUGUCUCGAAAUUUUGUUUUGCUCAAUAAAGUUUAGAAGUUAACAUGAUCCUGUUUAGCCUGUGAGUUGUUAGUUAAAGCAAAUUAGAUUUUACUAUAAUAGUUAAAUGAACGAAAUAUUUUAGAGAAAUAUAUUAUAAAGGAAUCCUUUUAUCUGAUACCGCUGAAGUUCGUGCUGUGAAGAGGUGAGCUGGAUAUAUUUUUAUAUAGUUCCAAUCAGGCAAUACAAGCACUGCCAACGUAGGGAGUACCUCGGAGAGUACAAAGUGAAGCGGUGCCCGGCGGGCGUCAGUACGUCGCCGGCGUUGUUGCUACAACUAGUUCAAUUCUUUACGUUUCAGUGAACAGAUAACGGACCUUAGAUUUGUUAGUAUUACAUUAGUUAGAACGCCUUUACAUUAUGGGAAAUUGUUAGUUGUGCGUGGCGAAUGACAGUGCAAUUGUUUAUGACGAAUCUGACUAAAAUUAUGUAGUUGUAAUUUUAAAUAUUGAUUCAAUAAAAUAUGAAUGAACUAAAAUAUGACCUACGCUUAUUGUGUCAAUAAAAUUGUAUGGAAGAAUCGUAAAGAUACAUAUUUUUUCAGUCGAUUACGACAGCAAUUUUACGCUUAGUUUUUCGAUGUAUUAUAUUAUACAGUUGAGGAAUAUUAAAUAGCAACGUAGUCAUGUCCGCGGGGAAAAUAAAAUGACCAGAGCGCCACGUUCGUGUCUCAUUUAGUACUUCUUAAUUACCUGGCGUCGAUCUGGUGUUUUACUUUUCAGUUAGAGCGCGAUACUGACGAUGCAGUCGAUUACAUAAUGAAUAUAAUUUGUAACAUCAAUGUCCUCAUGUGUGAGAUUCAAACGUCCAUUUAUCAAUUAGUGAAAUAAAUUCCUCCACUGUAUAUUAUUUAGAUAAUAUUUUUGGGAUUACAAUGUUCGUGUUUGUGAAGCGAUGGAGGCGCGAGGGCAUACGUUCAGUCCCCGCGCCUGCUCGCUGGCGACUGGCGCGCGUGGAUCAGUGAGACUAGUGUUCGGGCUCGGCCCGCGGUGACGUCAUCGCCCGCGCACGCCGCGCUGACGUCACCGCCGGCCGUGCGGGCGUACUCGUACUUACGAACUUGUUAUACUAGACUACUAGACAUAGUGCGAAUAGUUGGUACUUUCAGGGCCGGGUUGUAAGAUAGCUAUCAUAAAUCUUUAAUAAUGUAAUAGAAUAUUUGAAUUAUUUUUGAUACUUAAUUAACUAUUAUAAAGUUUUAUAUAGAGACCAUUGUUAAAUCUAACACUGCCUACAAAGUGACAUCACGUGUGUGCAAUAAAUUUUAAAUAUCUAAGUGAUAAUGUGAAGUGAUAUAGUAUUGUUUCAAAAUAUUAUCUGACACGAACGUCGUGUGUUGUGAACUUGUGACAACUAGUUCCAGUUCCGUGCAACGGCUGCGGGACAGUGUACACAUUGUGAUGUUUGCGUUCAUUCUAUUUUAUUUGAAUAGGUCGUUGCGUGCCUAAUGCAGUCCUGCUAGAAGUUAAUAUGUAACCUGAAGCAAUCAAAGCAAUAGAUAAAUAUAUAGAGUCGUAGCAACUAGCAAUGAGUAUAUAAAGACAUAGUAGAGUCUGUAUUGACGAGUGAGUGCCUUUCGUAGUGAGGUGCUGUCUCCACAACAUCACUUGCAUCCGUGUCGUUGGCUAGGAUUGUGUUAGUCCCUGUCUUCCCCGGUUGAAGCGUAGUGCUCUAGCUUCGCGGGAUAUUAUUUGUCCUUUUCUUCGCCGUUUGGUUAUUGUCCAGUGUUACGUGAACUUCUUGGUCGCGAAGACUGUCUCACUGAUCGGUAAAUGUAAUAUUUCGUGUAGUGUUAGGAUUUCCGUCGGUAUUGUAGACUCGAUGACGUUCGGUCGGAUUGUCGGUAGUCGGUGUGGCGCUGAACAAAGUAGAGCGGCGGCCGCUUGGCCGGAGUUAGGUUAAUUGUGACAUCGAGUGUACCAACAAACUACUCAGCGAGACAUUAUACCCUCCCUCUAUCUCCCGUUCCCCUUCGUGAGUUUUUAGACGUCUGUCUGCGUAUGUAAGUGGAGAGUUGUGUAGCUUAGUGUAAGUCUUGAGUUUUAUAUGAACAGUCUCCUUCGGCGGUGAGUCGCCACCGGACGCCCCCCUCCCUAGCUGUAAGUAGGUUAUAAUUUUGUUAUGUGACGAUCGAGACCCUCCCUCAUUUGAAUUUACGUAUCAUUGUUUCUAUUCACAAAAUAGUUAUCGUUAGUUGUUAAGGUGUUUCAUUUGGUUUUGUAACUUGUUCAGUAUUCGCGUCGUCUCACGAGAGGUCCGAUCAAAAAUUGCGAAACGAUGUUAGAUGCAUUUUAUUUUUAGUUUUAGUAAGUUUUUUAAUUGAUGUUCCGGAGGCGUCCGACGGCGAACCGCUCCAGUUUAGUAAUAGCGGGUAUAGCAUACUGGAGUAGUACAAAUGUUUGUGUGAGUGUCGAUAGUAGUAGGCGUGGUUAUGGCGUCGCGAGUGUGGCGCCUCGGUCGGCGGCGGCGUGAGUGAGUCACUCGUCGGGCGCAGGUUGACGCAUCGCAUCCGACUCGCUGCAGAGCGAACGAUUUUGAAUUCUCUGAAGACGUUCAAAACCGCGUCGUUGUAGCCAGCCGUGUACGAUCGAUCGAUCUCUUGCGCAAUGUUCUCGUUGUGAAGCGUUAGUUGUUUCUUCGGAAUAAGUAGUGAUAUUUACAAAGCAAAAAUUUAAUCACCUAUAUUAUUAUAAACAAAAACUAUUUGGACCACUGCAUAGUUGUAUCUACGCUUAUUUUGUCAUCUCCAUCGGAAUUAUUUAUAUCGAAUAAUUAAUUUUGAAUAUUUUUAUUCAGUAUAUUAUUAUAUUAUUAUGUAUAUUAUUAUGUAUAUCAAACGACAGGUGCUGUUGUAUUUAAUUUUUAAUGUUACUAAUGUGAUUGUGAUAGGGAUACGUCUCUCUUGUAAUCUAUCUGAUGUAUUGUGAAGAAAAAUUAAGCCAAAUCAUAAAAAGGGUAUAUUGAAUUAUUACUUUUAGGAUAAAUGGAGUUAAAAUGAAGUUUUAUACGAAUCAAAUUUUACUACUGACGCUGUAUAAUUUUUCUAAGUACAGUAGAUUUAAAAUCAUAUCAUGAUGAUCUUGUUCUAGUACUCGUGUAAAUUAAUGUAGGUUUUUAAGACUGUUGUGACGUCCCACGCUGGGCCUGCUCCGCCGUGGAGCACAAAGUCCGCGGCGACAGCGACCAUACAUUCUAUCCACCCACAUGGCGACGGAGCGGUUCCAGCGUACAAUAUCCAAUUUGCCUUCAUAGCACACGAAAUUUUCAAUUGUUAAAUUUAAGUUGACAUGAGUAUUCGAAAUGAUCCAAUAUUAAUUCACUUUAUUAAAAAUAUCCACAUAUAGAUUUUUAAAAUAGUAGUGAGUAUUUUUGCAUUUACCGUGUUGUCAGUACCUAAUUAUACGAUACGAUAUCUUAUGAAGCAUAAUAACUAGGACUACAGUCCACCUCGGAACAAUAGCAAUACAAUAGGGCAACAAUUAUCUACUAAGAUUUGGCUUUACAUGAUUCUGUAUUCUGAGUUAUACUUACGCGUUCGGUAAUAAUAUACGCAAUCUUUGUUUGCCAUCGUAAUUUUAUAAUAGUGUCUAGUUACUGCCAUGUCCUGCAACACAUAUUCCUGCAUGUUAGUAAUGUGAUGUUUAGCAAUAUGUGAUGCAGGCGUACACCGUAUUGUAAGCGAGUCGUAGUCUGUUACACCAUAGUUCACUAUACAGUAUUGAAAGAAACCAACAGAACACAACCACGGUGCGUAAGUAUCGCUUAUGAAUAAUCUAGAGCUUUAUUGCAACAAGUUUAUCUUAUUUGUAGAACAUAUAUGAUCUCUUUAUUUUUAAUAGAAUUUUGAUGGACAUUUUUACUUAAUAGUUGUAGCAGUGUGUAGCGUUGAAAUAGGAAUUUUGAUCGCACAUUACAUUUGUUAUAUUCCACUGUAAUUAUAUUAAUUGAUUUACAUAAACUGAUGCCAUCCAAAAUUGUGAAAAGCACUUUCUGUUCGUGUCGUUGAAACCUCUCCAUAAUUAUUAUUAUUGAAUCGUCUUUUUAAUACAUAUUUCAAUAUUGUGCUAUUGAUAAUUCCUUUUGGAAUAAUUUUAUUUGUACAUAAUAUUUGUAUCAUAUCUUCAUUUCUGUUUAAUGUAAAUAUUCAUAACUGUGUGUUGUAUUCUCCUGUUAGUUUAUCCAACGGGAGGCUUCAACGAUGCUUCUAAGUUUUGGAUAGUUAUUCGAAUGAACCACAGAAGCCUUCAUGUUGUGUGUAUAUUUAAUUUGUAAAUAUGUAAUUUCGAUAACAAUUAAUGCUAAACAACGAGCGAGCCGUCGCAUAUUGUCAGCCGGUUGGACUUCUGCGCACACUGAGCCCGACAGACACAACUACGGAACACAUAGCCUUCUUCUAGGAACGACAGACAUUCCACAGGCACCGAAUUAGCUCAAUAUGAAAGACUGUUUGAGACUUUAAAAUGGAUAUCAUGAUAAUUAAAAAUAUUUUCUGAAGCACCUUAACGAGUUUACAAAAUGUGUUUUAUGGUGAUUUAAUGAUAAGAUCGCAAUGUUUAACUCACUAGUAUGUAAGGACAAAUGCUUUACGACACUGUGAUAGACAAUACAAAUUUACCUGAGAGAGACACCAUAGGCAUUUAUGAGAAAUUUAGGGGAAUUGUCAUUUGAAAAGGGAAUGUUACAUGUACUCUCAGAUUUAGAAACGGACACCGCUUGGCUUUGUGGACAAUUUGAAGCAAAUGGUGAGACCGCAACAUUUUAUUUGAAUACCGUACAAUUAUGAUACCCGCAGGCACAGGAACAACCGGUGUUUGUUUCGCUACAAUGUGUAUAAAGAUCUAUAAAGUACAAGCGUAUGUGCAGAAGUUCGGUCGCGGCUCGGUUGUGUUGGAGCGGUGUGCGGCGCCGCGCGGCCCGCGUCUCGCUGUUCUGUUUGUUGAUACAUUAUGUAUAUUUGAAGGAAUCAAAAAUUAUAAGAUGAAUUUUA